AGAGAAAUUUGCAAUCUCAAAGCUGAAAAGUACCCUUUUCCAAUCAAAUGCCCUUUCCUCGACAAUGGCCACAUAAAUAAAUAAAGGCCUCAGUCUGAGUCUCCCCGCCACUACAGCUCCUAUUUCUCUGAUCUGUACGUUACCCGUUACGAUUUCACUCACUCACCCAAAAACCAAAUAAACGUCAAAAGAUGUAAACCACACGCGCAGUUUCUACAAAGUGCUUUCAAUAUUAGGAUCAGAUUAACAAUUACUGGUUCUGGAUAAUUCAAGAAGAAAUGGGCGCUACUUUAUUGCCUGCCAUGGCAUUUGGGGUUCUUCCCCGCUAUGCCAUAGGUUCUCCAGGUGCUGAUGGCAAAGGUGUUUCGGACUCAUGUAUAGGACGGCGUCUUGUUUGUUAUAGGACUGCUUCAAGAAGAAAAAAACCACCUACCAAAUAUCCGAUUGUUUGUAAAUCAAGAAGUAGAAUUUUUUCAAGCAUGGAUGAUUCCAGUGACACUAUCACUGACUUGGGCGAUGAGAGGGAUGUUUUUUCAUCAGAAAGAAGUGAAGCAUUAGGGAUAAAAGAAGAGGAAUUGAUAGAAACCAGAAAAUCUCUUUCAGAUGCCCAAGCAAGACAAAAAGCCAUUGAGAAAGAGAGAGAUCAGCUGCUAGAGGAGUUGGCCCGUUCUAAGGCUAAACAGCAGGAAUAUGUUGCUACCAUAUUGCAUGACAAGGAACUGGCUAUAAAAGAACUUGAGGCAGCCAAGUCUUUGUUCCACCAGAAGCUGCAGGAAUCAGUGGAGGAGAGGUUCUCAUUGGAGUCUAAGUUGGUCCUUGCGAAACAAGAUGCUGUUGAGCUUGCAGUACAAGUAGAAAAGUUUGCAGAGGCUGCUUUUCAGCAGGCUACUUCUCACAUACUAGAAGAUGCUCAGCUUAGAGUUUCAGCUGCUGAAACUUCUGCUGCUGAAGCAGCCUAUCAGAUAGAAAAGCAAAUUAAGGAAGCCACUGAAGGUACUAUAUUGUCAAUAGUCGAACAGUCUAAAGAUGCCAUAGAGAAGGCCCUUGAUGUGGCAGCAAAAGCCGGUGAUCACGCAACAAAAGCAGUGUCUGCAUUUGCUGAUGGCCUAGAUCAAGUUGAUGAGAUUGUUUCUGUCCAGUCUGAAAAUAUAAAGUUAAAUAGGGUAGUAAAUGAUUUAGAAUCUCAAUUAUUGGUUUUAAGAAGUGAGGUUGAUAGGUUGAAAUUGGAGUUGGAAAAUGCCCACACACAGGCACGUGCAUCUGAGAUUCGUGCUAGCAAUGCUGAGAAAGCAUUACUGGAAUUUCAGGAAUCAAGCAGUAAAAGAACCCUCCAGAAAGAGGAGGAAAUCAUGUCUCUGAUGGAGAAAAUGAGGAAAGAUGUCUCAGAAAGAAAGAAGGCUGCGACAAAGUCUUUUAAGGCUGAGGUACAAAGCAUCAAAGCUGCUAUUGAGGCUGCCAAAGAAAUUACACGUUCCAGAGAUAAUGCCUAUCUAAAAAGAUGUGAAGCACUUCAAAGGUCAUUGAAGACAUCUGAAGAUGCUUCGAAAAUGUGGAGACAGAGGGCAAAUCUGGCAGAGUCAUUGUUGUUGAAGGAAAGUUCAAUAGAUGAAGUGGAUAAAGAAUCUGUUUACGUUGUUAAUGGUGGGAGGAUAGAUCUUUUGAGUGAUGAUGAUUCAAAGAAGUGGAAACUUCUAAGUGACGGUCCUCGUAGAGAGAUACCUCAAUGGAGAGCAAGGAGGAUAUGCACUAUCCGUCCAAAGUUUCCACCAAGAAAGGUUGAUGUUGCUGAAGCUCUAACUUCAAAAUUUAGAACUUUGGACUUGCCCAAACCUGAUGAAGUAUGGUCCAUUGCUCAAGAAAAGCUGAAAGAAGGGGAUACAUUAAUUGAGCAUGUCAUUGAAAAAGAAACAAUAGAGAAGAAACGCAAAGCCCUGGAACGCGCUCUUCAGCGAAAAACCAUACAGUGGCAGAGGACCCCUGAACAAACAAAAUUAGAACCAGGAACUGGAACUGGACGAGAGAUUGUGUUUCAAGCUUUCAACUGGGAAAGCUGGAGAAGGCAGUGGUACCAGGAUUUGGCUCCUAAAGCUGCUGAUUUAUCACAAUCUGGGAUAACAGCAGUUUGGUUACCUCCUCCAACACAAUCAGUAGCUCCUCAAGGUUAUAUGCCUUCGGAUCUGUACAAUUUAAACUCAGCAUAUGGUUCUGAGGAGGAACUUAAACACUGCAUUGAAGAAAUGCAUUCUCAAGACCUUUUGGCCUUGGGAGAUGUUGUACUGAAUCAUCGGUGUGCACAUAAACAGAGCCCAAAUGGUGUUUGGAACAUUUUUGGUGGCAAGCUUUCUUGGGGUCCUGAGGCAAUUGUUUGCGAUGAUCCAAAUUUUCAGGGUCGUGGAAACCCUUCUAGUGGUGAUAUAUUCCAUGCUGCACCAAACAUCGAUCAUUCCCACGAGUUUGUAAGAAAAGAUAUAAAAGAGUGGUUAAAUUGGCUUCGCAAUUACAUUGGUUAUGAUGGGUGGCGCCUCGACUUUGUGAGGGGCUUCUCAGGUUCUUAUGUAAAAGAAUAUAUUGAAUCUUCAAAUCCUGCAUUUGCUAUUGGAGAAUAUUGGGAUAGUUUAGGUUAUGAGCAUGGCGACUUGUGUUACAAUCAAGAUGCUCAUAGGCAAAGGAUAGUCAAUUGGAUCAAUGCAACGGGGGGUACUUCAUCAGCAUUUGAUGUCACAACAAAGGGAAUCCUCCACUCUGCUCUGCAUAAUCAAUACUGGAGAUUGAUAGAUCCUCAAGGCAAACCAACUGGAGUUAUGGGAUGGUGGCCUUCGCGUGCUGUCACAUUUCUAGAGAACCAUGAUACAGGAUCAACACAGGGUCACUGGCCAUUUCCACGAGAUAAGCUUGCACAGGGAUAUGCCUAUAUUCUGACCCAUCCUGGAACACCUGUGAUAUUCUAUGAUCACUUCUACGAUUUUGGCAUUCGUGACAUAAUAACUGAGCUGAUUGAGGCUCGAAGAAGGGCCGGAAUCCAUUGCAGGAGCACUGUGAAGAUAUUCCAUGCAAACAAUGAAGGUUAUGUUGCACAGAUUGGUGACAGUCUAGUGAUGAAGCUUGGUCAUUUUGAUUGGAAUCCUUCCAAGGAAAAUAAUUUGGAUGGAAGCUGGCAGAAGUUUGUUGAUAAGGGAGCAGAUUAUCAAUUGUGGUUAAGACAAUAGUCUCUUGAGUCCUGACUCCUCACUCCUGACAUAUACAGCAAAGGCAAGCUUUAUUCUUAUUUUCUAAUUGUAGUAUUAUAUCUCAUCAUUAAUCAAUAAUACAUUGCAAUUUUUUUUGCAAGUGAACAACUUAAAGGGGAACUAUUUUGUGGGACAUUUUGUCUCAGUUUCCUGUAUGGCUGUAUCUUGUACAAUAAUUUCAGGCCAAUUAUAAGAGUAGACAAUCAGUUUGAUGCUUGGACA